CUCCGAGCAUCCGUUCUUUAAUGAAUUGCCUCUUUUAACUUACUUUUCGAUUGCGAUUUUCCUCCUCGCCUUCUGCUUCGUAGGCAGUUAUCAUCGCUUAUUAUUAUAUACCCUGCGUCAAAUUGUUAAAAGUGUCGUCGAAGGAAACCGCAGAGAUCGCUGUGUUUCUCGACCAGAGUGUGAUAUGAAAUGACUCGGUUGAACCGUAGCACUCGAGUCUAGAGAGAGAGAGAGCGAGAGAGCUAGGUGAGAGUUCGAUCGGAGAGGUGGGAUCGCGGAUAAUUGGCGCAGUGCGAGAAAGAGGCCUGUCGCAACCUUUGGCAAAACACUACACUGCGGAGACUGGCAAUAGCAGCAGCAGCAGCAUGGCUCGGCUGGAUAUGAGACUCCUCGUCGCCUGGACCUUGUGCGCAUUCGCUGGCGUAUCGCACGCGACGGUUCAGAGCAAGGUUCGGUGUUUUAAGAAUACCAUGGAAGUAGAUAUUGUCAGAACGACACCGGAGGCUUUGAUAUACCUUCAACAACUCAAGAAUUAUCCAGAUGAAGCUUGCAAGCCAAAACUCACUAACGGUAUUGCGACCUUCUCACUGUCGCUACUUCCAGAAGAUAUAGCCCGUUGUGGUAUUAUGAGGAUCACUAAUAAGCUUACGGGUCAAAAAGUAUACUUCCAUAAAGUAAUAGUAGAAGAACCAAGCAUCUCGAAUAAGCACAUGUUCACAGUGAAAUGCAGCAUAACAGAAGUUGCGGUUCACCAGCAACUACCAAAUGUUUUUACUGAAACUAAUAAUCAUACUCUACUAAGAAGAAGUGUUUUACCAGAGGAUUUCGAAGCCGAUGCAAAUACCCCAGUAUUGGGUAUGUUGGAGGGAAAUGCUUCAGAACCAAAGUUGUUGUUCAAUGUCCGACAGGGCAGCAAAAUUAUAAAAGAUGAAUUGGUCGUCAAGCCAGGCACGCCGUUGCAAAUGGAAAUAUACUUGAGUGAAGAGGCAGCCAAGGUUUAUGGACUGCUUGUCACUCACAUGCAAGUUUCCGAUACCAAAAAUCAGGAAGAAACUAUAAUAUAUAAUGGAUGUUCCGUUGAUCCCUACCUGUUUGAAAAUUUUGAGACAGUGAACGGACACUUCUUGUCCGCCAAGUUCCGAGCCUUCAAGUUUCCAGAGAGUAGCUACGUACAAUUUCACGGUACUGUUACUGUUUGCGUUGGCAAAUGUCGCGGGAUUGAAUGCAGCAACGGUAAAAUUGGAUACGGGAGAAAGAAACGAUCAGUACAAUCGUCGAAAAAUGGUAAAAAUGAAGUUUGGGAAAUGGCCAUGUCAGUCUUUUUAAGAGUCGAUUACGACCACGAUGUUCUCAGUGAAGAAGAAAUUUCGAAAUUCAUCCGGCGAGGAAAAACACGCGAGAGAAUGGUGAGGGCAGAAGACGUAGGAAAACAUUUUGAGUAUAACACUGACGGCCCAGUAUCCAGCAGUUCCAAGAUCGCACCGAUUUUAAAUUUUUUUCUAAUUUUGUUAUCGCUCUGUAGACUAGUGUAAAUCUGAACUUAGUAAGCCUCUAGCGAUGAAACGAGACAUCUGGCAAUUUACUAGACCUGAUGCACAAAUCAAAUUAUCAGCUUAAAGUGAAUAAAAAAAUAACAAUAGCCAUAAGGGCUAAGCUGCGUAUAAAAAUAAUAAAUGAACAUUUUCAUGUGAUACUAAACUAAAUCAAAAAAGUACCAGCAAACCAGAGAAGUCGUGUAACAGCUUAUUAAUGAACAACAUAAUGAAAGUGUAACACUCGGCGAAUGAACGAAAAACUUGUGAACGUUGCAUUCACUUGUUUUGUGUUAAAAUACAUGUAUGUGAACUUAAAGUAAAACGUACAAUUUAAGUUGCAGUGAGUGACGCGAGACUUUAACAAUUUCAGCAAUUAAAAUGCCAAAUUUAGAUAAUCGCUAUAAUCAAAGUCUCGCAAUAAAGAAACAAAUAUGACAAUGAAUUUUUGUGAAUAAUUUUAUAACUCGUUCUCUUUGCUGAUACCAGCAGCCGUCACGUUGAUCUCCAUGCUAAAGUAACUGCUCUUGUAGAAACUACAGGGCAAAGAUAUCCAAGCGAUAAUUACGAGCAAGAAAAGACAGAGUCAUCUACAUUUAUCCUAAAAAUGUAUAUCUA